CUGCGGUUCUGCUAUUCCAUUAGUUACUGAAUGUUAAAGGUCUCACAGUGGCUCACUUCAUUAAGGUUCUUUUUCUUCUUUUAAGCAUGUCUCUCAUUCUGUAAUUUCUUCGCUCUUUAUUCAGACAGACUUGAUUGUUCAGUCACUGCUUUCACAUACACACACCAUCAGUGCGAGCACUUCAUGUUCCUUGUCCCUCUGUCACCUUGUCUUUCAAUCCCUCCCUCCCAGACAUAUGAGGGGAGGUGGAGAGCAGAGACACAAAAGAAGAGGUAGUGAGCAGCUACUGCCACCAAGGUGAAGGCGAAUGAGUGAAUGCGAUACGAACUGGCAGACUGGGAAGUGAUUCUAGUGUGAUAAAGGAAGAGGUGAAAAGAAAUAUAAGGCUAGAUUUUGAAGGCUAUUUUCUUUUUGGAUUUGCUGCCUCAAGGAGAGAUAAUAUUUGUUAGAGCACCCCUUCAUCAUGGUGGACUUAUUCAUUGAUCGGGUCCUGCUAAAGAACAACAAGGACCAAGAUGAGCUGGACACAGAGCGUGAGAUCAUCAUGCGCCUGCAGAACCGAAUCCUGAUGCUCUUCUUUGCUUCUGCUACGUGUGAGACCUGCAGGCAGUUUGCGCCCACGCUCUCUGACUUCUACAAACAGUUGACAGAUGAGUUCUAUGUGGAUCGUGCUGCUCAGCUGGUUCUCCUGUACAUUAGUUUGGACCAGUCAGAGGAAGAGCAAGAAAGUUUCCUCAAAGAGCUCCCUAAAAGGUGCCUGUUCCUGGCCUAUGAGGACCCCUACAGGAGGGAGCUGGAGGCUAUGUUUAAUGUGGAGGAGGUGCCCACAGUGUUGGUGCUGCGUCCCGACUGCUCCAUCCUCAUCCCUAACGCCGUGGAUGAGAUACUCCGCCUUGGCCCAGACUGCUACCGCAACUGGCAGGAGGCAGCAGAGCUCAUUGACAGGAACUUCGUGAACAAAGAGGACUUUGAGGAGAAGUCCAUGCGCAGCUUCAGCGACCCUGUGAGAAGACUGAAGUAUAAGGUGGAAGAUGAAAAGAAGAAAAAGAAGAAGAAAAAGCGAAAGGGGUGGGGUGGAGGUGGAGAUGAAGGUGUGGAGGCGGAUGGAGGAGCGGGCGACAAGGAAGGAGGGGGAUCACCAUGGUGAUGGAGACCAGGAACGGGAGAAAAACACUGCUGAUUUGCCUAAAACUUGCUGCUGUCCUUUACAGAAAAAAAAUAUCGCAGAUAUUUCAGUAGAAAUGUGAAGCUGAUCUUAUUGUGACUGCCUUUGCUUCUGUGGUAAGCAAAGAUCGUGGUCUUACAACAGCUCCAGUGUACAGUACGUGGGCAGCAAACAACAAAAAGAAAUAUAACACUAUCUGCAGGAACACUGACAGCUGCUUUGAUUUGGCUGUAUUUGAUGUCUCUGAAUGCUGCCAAGUAUACAGUCGAGACAAGGUUUGGUCUGAGCCAAGUCUUGCCAUUACGGCUUGUUUUAUUACACACUGGAGAUGAUUAUAACCAUUUCUCCAUUUUCAACAACACAGCUCUGUAAUGCACUUUUUUAAAAUGAUAAUUUGUGCGUCCAAUCAAAACACACCAUGCAUAAUCUGAAAUCAAUGAAUUAUUCAGCGCCAUUAAAAUAAUUUUGUUAGUGA